UGCAUUCAACGAAUUGUCGCAUCAGUCCCGUUAACGCCUUCUCUUCUUCCUCCAUUUGGGCUUUGCAGUUGUACAGAACCCAAGCGAUAAAUAGAUUUCAAUAAGAGCUCCGGUGAGUAAAAUACGAUUCUGUGGUAUAUCAGAGAUUAAGUAAGCGAAGCAACGAUGAUUCGCUUGUUCUUAUCUGAACCUAACUGGAAAGACGGUGGCAGCGGAGAUACUGCCGUCUCCGCCAGGCGAUGGAUAUCGCUUUUAAAUCAAUUAGAAUCCGUCAUCUGGUCGUUCAUGACGGCCAGCGGUCGAUCGGAAGCUCGUUUAUGGCUUUGCAAAACAAUAUCAAGCAUUACCUCCGUAACUCCUCGCCAACAGCGGGACGUAUUCGUUAACUUACUGAGAACAAAACCUACGAAUCGUGGUUUAGCAUGCCAACUCUUGCAAAUGAUAUUCGAGAAGAUACCCCAGAAAGUAGGGCCUAUCGUAGCCAAGAGAAGCUACAUUCUUGAGAAAUUUUUUGAAGGAAAUCCAGUGCGAAUAAUGCAAUGGUUUUCUAACUUUGAUGAUGGAGGCGGAUUGCAACAUAAGAAAGGUGCCAGAGCCUUAUCUCAAUUUGCUUUCAUGAACCGAGAUCUAUGUUGGGAAGAGCUUGAGUGGAAGGGAAAACAUGGGCAGUCACCUGCAGUGGUUGCAACGAAGCCUCAUUACUUUCUUGACUUGAAUGUCCAACGAACGGUGGAAAAUUUUCUUGAAAAUGUGCCUGAAUUUUGGUCGUCUAGCGAGUUUGCUGAGACCUUGAGAGAUGGUGAUAUUUUGUUUAUUGAUACAAAAUACUUCAUAGAGUUUUUUGUUGGCUUGAUGUAUAAAGAGGAUGCAAGAGAUGUUUGGGAAGUCCUAAGUGAGUUUCUUAUGCAGGAAUCUUUUUCUUCAUUGUGUAAUCACCUCCUUAUCACUUUUGAAGAGGAAGAAUUGUUCACGUUUUUGAAAUCAUUUCGUAGAUAUUUAAGCCCAAGAAUGGAAUCAAUGGCUUUUUGUGACUCAUCUUGUUGGCUCGAGCUUGUACUUUCUAAAUUUAGUGAAUGUGAAUCAAUUGAUCAGCUACUUCUGUUAAGUGCGGUUAUCAAUCAAGGACGCCAGCUUCUGCGGCUUGUGCGUGAUGAUGAAGAGUCAGAGGAACAAUCAAAAAUCAAGGAAAUUGUAUCUCAGGUCUGCACAAUCUCAGGCAGCUUGGCCCCCUUACUGAAUGAAUGCAUGAAGAUGAAAAAGACAGAAUCAAUUAAGUUCUUGGGCCUGCAGUCUUGGGUUCUCCAUUACGCAUUAUCAGUUGGAAGCCAGAGUUCAGAGUCAUGGGAAUGUCUACUUUCAAAUAAUGGUAUAGGUUUCCGUAAAUCUGAUAAAUAUGAACUGCUACAUUAUGAUGGAUUGCUGAAAGAGAAUGAAUCUGAAUUGAAUAAUGAUGCAUCAAUGAAAAGAAAGCGCAGGAAGGAAAAGAAAAGUAGAAAGAAGAUAAGAAGAAAAUUGGAUGAUGACGAUGUAUAUGACAAUGAGCUAUUAGAUUUUGAUGCAUCAAAUAAUCAGCAGGACUUGAAAGCUGGGGCUGGAAGUUGGUUGCUCUCUACAGAUGGUUUUUCUGCAUCAUGGACCAGUGUGGAUUUGCCUGAACACCUCUCAAAAUUUUGCUUUUCUACAUGGUUGAAGUGGCUGUUUGCCAAGUGAUAUAUGCCUUAAUACAUGCAGCCUAUGGUUGAUAAUCUGUUAAAAGCAGAAUUCUUUCUGGGGAGAUGUGAGUUGUACGUGAUCUUGACCAAUUAACGUGGGAACUCCAGAUGAUAUAAGACAUGCCAAAUUGUUUGUUCUGAGGUUUCUAUGGUUUGAACUUUGGCGGAGAAAACGUUUUUUGGUGAUCAUUUAAUGCAUAAGUACUCCAAACUUGAUCAAUGUGAGAUGGGAGAGCCAGCCUGCAAACAAAGAUAUGCAGAUUCAAAGAGUCAUGAGAAGUGUAAAAUUACACUUUUCCCCAUGAUGCACUUUUUUGCUUUGAUCAACAUGCUGGUUGGUUCAUUCUGGAGAAAGAAUGGGAUUACAUCCUUACAAGAACUCUCUCUCUCUCUCUCUCUCUCUCUCUCUCUCCAACAUUCAUAUCAUUUGUAGCUAUAGCAUCAAAGUUUCUGAGCUUGAUGAGCCACUGGCAGUCCGGGUCCAUCCAGAUGCACACAGAUUUCAAUUCAGUGGAGUAUAUGAUAAUGACGAGGCCAAGUUUCUCCAGGAGGCUCAACCGAAAUCAUAAAAUGGUAUAAUGGACAAGUUCCUUCACGAGGCUAAACCAAAAUCAUAAAAUAGUAUAAUGGACAUUUCUGUUAAAGUCUUCUAUUCGGUAUCCUUGGUAUUAAUUCAUUCGCAAAUUUUAUCUGUUAUGAUAAAAUUAGCACUAUUUUAAUCAAUUCCAUGAAUUAACAAA